AUGGCCGCGACAUCGCCGCCGCCGGAGACGCCGCCGCCGGCAUCCCCCGCGCAGCCGGCGCAGGGCUGGCAGCAGGUCCCGUAUGCCGAGCCCGCAUACUGGGAGGCGCGCUACGGACGGGAGCACCAGCCCUUCGAAUGGUUCCUGGGGUACUGCGCGCUGCGGCGGGUGCUCCGCACCUUCCUCUCGAAGCGCAAGCCCGUGCUUCAGAUCGGCUGCGGGACGUCGAACAUUCAGGAAGGCAUGGCGCGCGCCGGCUGGACAGUCGUCAACGUCGACAUCGCCCACAACGUGAUUGAGCAGCUGACAGAGGAGCACAGGGGCAUCAGCGGCCUGAGCUAUGUCAAGGCCGACUGCCGCGACAUGCCAGAGUUCGGGGACUGUCAGUUUGGGGGCGUGCUUGACAAGGGCACGGUGGAUGCGCUGCUGUGCUCCAAGGAGGGCGUCUCGAACGUCUCCCGCAUGUUUUCAGAGGCUUCGCGCAUCCUGACCCCCGGCGGCGUCUUCCUCAUGGUGUCCCUGGGCGACCCGACGCGCCGCUUGUGCCUGCUGUGCUGCGAGCGCUACGAAUGGGACGUGCUGUUGCUGCCCAAGAUCGCGCCGGACAACCAGGCCACAGUAGGCGGCAGGGCCAUCAACGACACGCUGCAGCCGGUGGACUUUUUGGGCCCCUUUGAGGUGCUGGACGCGGAUACCCUGGUCGGCGUGCCGCGCGACAUAGACUACUCGCGCUUCUUCUUCGGCUACGUCUGCCGCAAGCGCCGCCUGACGCUGCCGCUGCACCCGGACCACCGCCAGCGGCUGCCCAACGGAUGGGUGCGGAGCUCACGGGCAAUCGUAGCAAAGCUGCAGCAGGAGAUGGGCCUGCCCCAUGACCUGCUGUCCCGGGGCAGGCGCACCCGCAUCGUCUCACGGCCCCGGACGUCGCCGCCGAGCGUGGCAAACGGCGGCGCCGCGGCGUCGGGGCCGGGCACCGCGGACACGAGCGAAGCCGGGGACCUGGACGGCUGCACAGAGCCGGGCUCGCCCAGGGCGGCCGCGGCGGCGGCGGCUGCGGGGCCCUCGGACGCGGCGCCCGGCGCGCAGCAGUCGCUGGCGCGCACACCGCCGCGGACGCAGAGCGUUCCGAAACUCUCACUCGAGGCGAUGGAGGCGGCAGCUGGGGCGGCUGGAGCAGGUGCGGCUGCGGCUGCGGCAGGGGCUGGCGCUGACGUGGCGAGCCUAGAGCGGCUGCACGAACUGCAGCGGAAGGAGGAGGGGCUGCGCCAGCAGCAGAGGGCGGCGGAGGCGCUGCAGAUGAGCCUCGCCAAGCAGCUGCAGCAGCUGCAACGGCAGCAGCAGCAGCGCCUAAGGCAGCAGGAGGAGCUGCAGGAGCAGCAGCGGCAGCACUAUGAGCAGCAGCAGCGGUGGCUGCAGCAGCAGCGGCAGCAGCAGCACCAGCAGCAGCAGCAAGGAGGGCAUGACGCCGGCUCCAUAACUUUCACCGGCAGCAGCGGCAGCGGGGACGCGGCAGUUGCAUUGCCACCUAAUGGCAUGCAGAACGGCGCCAGCGCGGCAGCUGCAGCAGCAGGCGCCGCGGCGGAGCUGUCGGGCCCCUCACGGCUGUCGGUCAGCGCGCUGGCCGCGGCUGCGGCGCUCGAGCAGCAACAGGGCAUUCUCGAGCCACAGCCGCCGCAGCAGCACGCGCGGCGGCAGCCGCCGCAGGCGCACCCACAGGCGCAGGCGGACAGCGAGUGCGGCGCGUCGCUCGUGUCCGAGGAUACGUCAGAUGCGGGCGCCGUUGGGAUGGAGGCGGUGCAUUACAUAAUGGAGUCCGCCUCAGAGGGCGUCGGCGGCGAGGACGAGCUGACCCCAUUGAUGCCCCCUCGGGCGGCGCGGGAGCUGCGCGUGCGGCGCCACAGCGCGCCGCCGAGCGAGGCUAUGCUCAAGGCGCUCAGCGCGGCGAUGGGCGGGCUGAUGGGGGAGCCGUGCCUGCCGCCAGAGCCGCCGAAGCGGGGUAUGCAGCGGAUGGCGGAGUGCGACGUUGGCGAGGCAGCUGCCAACCUGGCAGCUGCUAUGAGCUCGGCCCCGCACGCCGACGCCGAGCGGCCGCCCGCGGCGCCACGCCCGCCGGCGGCGCCGCGGCCGCCGGUGUCGCCGACACCGGAGCAGAGGGGCAAGGGUUCGAGGGAGGGAGAGGGGCAGGCGUAG